UGCAGUCAGUUUGGGUUGCGGCGUUGAAGGGAGAGCUUGCCACGGCCACGCUCGCCUACUCGAUACCGACGCAAGAGGAGGCUCGCGCGGCGCUAAGCGAGUACAGAGGCGCCGGUUAUGUGCAAAGGUGCAAACCAGACAGCCGUGCGUGUGUGCUGUGUGCUACCUGACUGACUGGCUGGCCGAUAAGACUGUGCUGCUGUAAUCAAGUUAGACCCGAGUGCUGCAAAACGCUUCCCUCUGAUAUAGAUUGAAAAGAAAGCAGUUAAAAAAAGCAGGCGAAGAAAAAGAAAGACGAGAAAGAAUGAUUAAAACCAAUAAUUUGAAAAGAGAAAUAAACAGACGAAAUAUCAUAUAACUAAACCAUAAAUAAAAAAAAAAAAGUAGAGAGAAAGAGAGAGAAAGAGAGAGAGAAAGAGAGAGGGAGGGAGAGAGAAAAGAAAAAUAACGACCCUCACCCCAACCAGAAAAAAAAAAAAAGUAAACGCACACGCACACAUACACACAUACACACAAGUGCAGAAUUUUAUGUCUCGCUGUGACUGAAACAAAACAUCAAAAAAAAGGGGCGAAAAAAACCCAUCCACUCGAGUGAGAGGAUCGCACGUCCCUUGGUACCGGCGUGGCAUGGCAGCGGCAGGGAGAGUGAGGUGGUGAGGCGUGUCAGGGAGAGGAGGGAGUGCAUCAGGCUCCGGCAAGGGGGAAGAAUGUCACUGUAAGGCGGAACACACUCGCUCAAAGUAGCCGCCGGAAUGGGCUGCAGAUACGCGGGUCAAACGUUGCUUCUCUUCCUGCUGGGUGUGUCAUUAGCAGCAGUCAACCCGCCCACGCCAACCGAGGACGUUGGUCGGGAAGUGAGGGAGGCAACACACUCCCCGACGCCAAUCUCAGAGGACCACCACCAGUAUCUCCUCCCCCACUACUCCGUCUCCUCCUCCCCGGCUUCCGCGGACCAGGAGAUGGUGGUGGAGGCGGCGGUGAAGGAGGAGGACGGCUUGGCGGUGGAGGACGACGAGUUCUGGGCUCCUGUGACCACCAGCACCUCGGCUCAGAACAAUAGUGUUGCAAACCUCACGGCACAGCUCGGCGGCUCCGUUUUCCUGCCUUGCAAGACACACCACUCCCUCGAGAGACAGGCGGAUUCCUUCACCCUGCCCCGGCCUAACCCUAGCAGGCCACACUCAGCUCUCCACACCUCCGUUCCCCCGCACCUCCUGCCCCAGCUCCUGCCGCAGGUGUCGUGGGUUAGACGGCGGGACUGGCACAUCCUAACCUCGGGCACUCUGACCUACACGAAGGAGGAGCGGUUCAGCAUCCACCACCCCGAGGGAAGCAACGAGUGGACCCUGGCUAUUAAGUAUGUGGAACUUGCAGACGCAGGAAUGUACGAAUGCCAGAUAGUGACAGGCGGAGGCGUCGUGUCCCACCUGGUUAACCUCGUCGUCCUGGUACCUCGCGCAGUGAUACCUGGCGACGGGGAGCAUCAUGUUGAGUCUGGAUCCACUCUCUCUCUCACCUGCUUCAUCGAACAGAGUGCCGCGGAGCCACAGUACAUCUUUUGGUACCAGAACUCUCGAAUGAUCAACUACGACCGCGAGAGAGGAGGCAUAAAGGUGCGCAUCGAGACGGGGGACGACAGCCGGGUCAUCUCCCACCUCACCAUCGUGGACGCCCAGCCCUCAGACUCCGGGAACUACACCUGUGCCGCCGCCAACACCAAACUCGCGUCCAUAGUAGUGUACGUUACGGAAGCUAACAAGAUCGCAGCCAUCCAACCACGCGCCGUCGACCACUCUGUCAGUCUCCAGGCAGCUCCCCUCCUUGUUGCAGUCUUGGCGAGCCUCAACACUCUUCUGCUACGCCACUGAAACUCGCGACACAUCCCCGCCCCUCACCCCGCCCCAGCCCUGCCGUGUGUGUGUGUGUGUGUGUGUGUGUGUGUGUGUGUGUGUGUGUGUGUGUGUGUGUGUGUGUGUGUGUGUGUGUGUGUGUGUGUGUGUGUGUGUGUGUGUGUGUGUGUGCGGUUGGAUUACGGUUCCCUCACGAGUCUAAACGUACAGAAGGCUCCGUAGGGAACGAUUAACUACACACCACAGACAUUAUCGUGACCUCCUCCUCCUCCUCCUCCUCCUCCUCCUAGGUAACACUCACCCCUCCACCCAAGAAAAAACAACCUUGCCUUCCGUAGCAUUGUUUUACUUUGCUCUUGCAGUUCCUUCAAGCGCACAGGCAAGAGUGUAAACAUUAAAUGGGGGAGGAAGUUCUGUAAUUCUUUUCUCCUCCUCCUUCCUUUCUACUUCUAUCCGCGAGUGGUGUUUACGUGGCUCAGAACAGGAAGAGAGAGAGAGGGGAGGAAAGUAAGGGAGAGGGAGAGAGAGAGAGGGAGAGGGAGGGGAAAAGGGAGAGGGAGAGCGAGAGGAGAAAAGGAAAGAAGAGAAAGGAGGUGAUUUGUUCAUGUUCUCCGUGUUCGUAGGGAAUUCUAGACAAGAAUGUUCACGGAAAUGACUUGAAGCAUCGCAACAAAGAAGCAACGUUUUCUUUCUUUCUCUCUCUCUCUCUCUCUCUCUCUCUCUCUCUCUCUCUCUCUCUCUCUCUCUCUCUCUCUCUCUCUCUCUCUCUCUCUCUCUCUCUCUCACGUACACUAAGAAAUAUUGCAACACCGAGAGAGAGAGAGAGAGAGAGAGAGAGAGAGAGAGAGAGAGAGAGAGAGAGAGAGAGAGAGAGAGAGAGAGAGAGAGAGAGAGAGAGAGAGAGAGAGAGAGAGAGAGAGAGAGAGAGCCUUCACUCAACAAUGAAAACAAAGAAUCUUAUUUUUACACAUGCGACAGAGAGUGAGGUGGUGUGGCGAGGCCCUGGUCGUUCUCUCUAAUUACUGGGUACUGGUAGUGAUAAUUGAGACACAUCCCAGGUAUAUUUCAUGACCAGGUGAUAAACUGCGGAGGAAAGGUAACAGUUAAACCAAAACGGGCAGUAUUACCUUGUUUUUUGUGUGUUUUUUUUUCUUUCUUUCUUUCUUGAUUGGUAAAUGUUAAGGGUGCGUUAAAGGGACUCAUCAAGGAACGCAUUCUAAUAGCUGAUAAGUAAAUAAAUAAACAAACAAAUAAGUGAAUAGUUUUUUUUUAUAGGACGUCGUGAAAAGAAUGCAGACGACAUAAUGUGAUGAAAAACAAUGCCGCCUCCUCCUCCUCCUCCUCCUCCUCCUCCUCCUCCUCCUCUUUCUCCUCCUCCUCCUCCUCCUUCUCCCACAAAAAUAAUAGGACAGGUUAAAAAGGUUUACUCUUGAAACUCAGAAAUGUAGAGGCACGAUUAUGUCAGUUUUUUUUUUCUUUCUUCUUUUUUUUUUUUUUUUUUUUGCUUUUUCAAGCCGUGGUGUGCUUAUGCGUGCGUGUGUGCAUUUGUGUGUGCAUGUGUGUGUGUGUGUGUGUGUGUGUGUGUGUGUGUGUGUGUGUGUAUGAGACUGACUGUUUAUGCCACACGGAACGACUGUCGCAAGAACUCCACACACACACACACACACACACACACACACACACACACACACACACACACACACACACACACACACACACACACACACACACACACCGGAAAGACAUCAGAGGCUGCCGGGACCUUCGCCAAGCACACCUCCUUCCUGGAUUCGAGGGGAAAACGAGCUUGAACAACGGAGGUCAGAGGAGCGCAGCCUCGGGUUGUGGCGGAGGACAAUGGGGAGGAAAAUGAUUAGGACGGAGGGAGUGAAGGAAGGACAAGGGACAAAGGUGACGGUGGUGGUGGUGGAGAGGCUGCUCCUGCUACACGCGAACGCUUUCUGUCUCUCUGCUUCAACGUCUGCGUCAGUAGUGGAAGUAUUGAUAAAAAAAGAAGAAAAACUCUACACGAAAAAUGUGUGCUAGUGAAUUUGUGACUGAAAAUAGAAGAGACUAAGGCAAAAACUGCGUGUUAUAGACUGACUGGAAAAAAAGUGCAGGGAAAUGUGUACUAACGAGUUUGUGACUGAAAAUACAAGAAUGUGAAGCAAAAACUGUCUGUGUGGUAGUGACCAUGACUGGAAAACAUUGCAGAGACGCGUACUAGUGAAAUUGACUGAAAAAUAGUAAUUGCUGAUAAAAAGUGUGUGCAAUGACUCUGGGUAUUAAAAACAUUGCAGGAAAAUGCGUGUUAGCAGCGAAUUUGUAACUGAAAAAAGGCAGUUACUGAAAAAAAAAAGUGACAGUACAUAAUGCGAGAAAAUGCGUAAUUGUGAACUUGUGACUGGAGAGAUGAUAGUUACCGAGGCAAAAUACGUAUGAUUGUGACUAAACUGAAAACACGGGAGGAAAAUACAGUAAAAAGAAAAUAGCUGUAAAAAAUGAAUGAAAAUUUAUAAAAGAGAGAGACAAAAACAAGUGUGACAGUGACUUAUGACUGAAACAUUACAGUUAAGUGUGUGAUGAAACAAAAAUAGUGAAGAAAAAAAAAUGAAAAGCAAAUUAUAAAAAAAAUAAAAUAAAAUAAAAUAAAACUAACACGUAACACACACAUUGAAUAAAAUACGAGAGAACGUAAUCAAAGUAUGAAAAGUUACUGAAACCAAAACUUCGAAAAAAAAAACUUAAAUCACCAAACAGAGAAAAAGGAAUGAAAGAAAGUAACAGGAGAAUAAGAGAGUGAACUUGAGCUCAUGUGGAGAAAUAAAGACUCGGAAUAUUUCUGCUUCGCCGUUUAUGCUUAAGUAAUUGCGUCUUUAUAAGUUUUGGGUGUGUGUUCAACUCCACAGUGACAUUAAAUAUUUUUGUGAAGUUCGGUUGUCAAGAAAAUAGCAAAAUGUUCCCAGAGAGAGAGAGAGAGAGAGAGAGAGAGAGAGAGAGAGAGAGAGAGAGAGAGAGAGAGAGAGAGAGAGAGAGAGAGAGAGAGAGAGAGAGAGAGAGAGAGAGAGAUAGUAGCAUAACCACCUCUGUUUAAAGGACAAUGUAUUCGUGUAAAUAUAUUUGUUUUCUUAGUGUCAUAAUGUUUUAACGAAUACGUAUAUUACCGUUUAGCAUUUGUCUAAUAAGGAGAGUCAGUCAGUCAGUCAGUCAGUCAGUCAGUCAGUCAUUCACGCAUUAAAAGGUCAUCCUCAUCAGCGCAGAAAGGACAAAGUAAGAAAAUUCGCUGCAGGAAAACAAGAGAAAGUGUUUAGCUAAGUAUGCCAGAAGUCCAAGCUAGAGUGGCGUUGUAUUUUUUUACCCUCGUUUUCCUUUGUCCGUGUGUGUGUAUGCGUGUGCGUGUGUGUGUUUGUGUGUGUGAGUGCAUUUAGUAGCGAGAUGAGGGGAUGGGAGACACGGGAGGAGAGAAGAUGGGAUGAGAGGAUGCUGCAGGAUGGAGAUCAAGGCGAGGAAGGGAAGGGGGAGUGAAGGCGAGGUUCAGAGCAUGGGAGAAUGUGACUGCCGCAGGAAUGUGGGUGGAAUGGAGGUGAAACAGUGGUGAGGAAUGUAUAGCAGGGUGGCGGUGUGGGUAAAGGUGCGUGUGGACGAUCCUAGGCUGGAGUGGUUUGGGUGAAAAGUGUACUGGAAUGUUCGCAGUGUGUUUGUGUUUGUGUACCAAUGGUGGUAGUGGUGGUGGUGGUGGUGGUGGUGGUGGUGGUUGUGUGUUUUCAUUAUGUGGUGAUGGUGUGUGUGUGUGUGUGUGUGUGUGUGUGUGUGUGUGUGUGUGUGUGUGUGUGUGUGUGUGUGUGUGUGUGUGUGUGUGUGUGUGUGUGUGUGUGUGGUGAUGAUGAUAUUGAUGGUGUUCUGCAAUGAUGCUGAUGAUGAUGAUGACGAUGCUGGUGGUAAUAGUGAUUAUAAUGACGGAGAGUUAUGUAAAGAUGAUGAUGAUGGUGAUGAUAAUGAAGGUAAGGGCCAUGUAUAAUUAUGGUGAUGGCGGUGACGUCAGCAAUGGCUAUUAUGAUGGUGACGCUGGUGAUGAUGACGAUGAUGAUGAUAGUGGUGUAGCGGCGAUGAUGCAGACAACACCACAUCGAUCUAGCCAACGAGGUCACGGAGGAGAGAGAGAGAGAGAGAGAGAGAGAGAGAGAGAGAGAGAGAGAGAGAGAGAGAGAGAGAGAGAGAGAGAGAGAGAGAGAGAGAGAGAGAGAGAGAGAGAGAGAGAG